GGGAAAUCCGGGGCAGAGUAACCUAGUUUCUGGGCUGACAAGGAGCUUUCUGUCCUGGCCAAGCAAGGUGGCAGGGACGGAGCUGCCCUCCCGGGGCUCGGUGUCCCGGCGGGCGGAUGGUGGCACCGGGGGAGGCAGGGAUGGUGCCGGGACCCUCGAGGGCUACCUCCCUGCCGCCCCCCGCCAUGCCCACCGCCGCCCUCCGCCUGCUCUGCGGCGUGGUGAUGCCGGCCGCCAUGCUCUGCGCCGAGCCCCUGCCCCGCGUCACCUUCCCCAGCGGGGACCCCCGCCGGACCCUGACCCAUUUCAGCCAGGACAACGUCUCCCAUUACGACAUCUUCCUCCUGCACGAGAGCGAGGAGGAGCUGUACGUGGGGGCGCGGGACCGGGUGCUGGCCCUCGCCGUCGGCACCCCGGGCAGCAUCCGUGCCAAAGCCUCGAUAAUGUGGGGACCCACGGCUGAGAAAACCUCCGAGUGCGCUUUUAAGAAGAAGAGCCAGGAGACCGAGUGCUUCAACUUCAUCCGCGUCCUCGUGGCCCUGAACCAGACCCACCUCUACGUCUGCGGGACCUACGCCUUCAGCCCCGCCUGCACCUACAUCCACCGGGAGAACUUCACGCUGGUGUCCAGCCGCAGAGGACAACCUUUCCUGGACGGGAAGGGCCAGUGCCCCUUUGACCCCCAGCACACCCACACGGCCCUGCUGGUGGAUGGCGAGCUCUACGCCGGCACCAUGAACAACUUCCAGGGCAACGAGCCCAUCAUCUCCCGCUCGCUGGGCAGCCGGACCCUGCUCAAGACGGACGCCUUCCUCCGCUGGCUUUCGGCCGACGCCGCCUUCGUGGCCUCCUUCAGCAUCCCUGGAGACGACAAGGUCUACUUCUUCUUCGAGGAGACGGCCGACGAGUUCGAUUUCUUCGAGCGGCUCCUGGUGCCGCGGGUGGCCCGUGUCUGCAAGAGCGAUGUCGGGGGGGACAAGGUGCUGCAGAAGAAGUGGACGACAUUCCUGAAGGCCCAGCUGGUGUGCUCCCAACCCGGCCGCUUCCCCUUCAACGUCAUCCAUCACGCCUUCGCCCUGCCCCGCCGCGACGGCGGUGCCGACUUCUACGCCGUCUUCACCUCGCAGUGGCAGGCGGGCAGGGCGGGCAGCGCAGCCGUCUGUGCCUACAGCCGGGAGGCUCUGGAGGAGGUCUUCGAGGGCAAGUACAAGGAGCUGAACAAGGAGAGCUCCCGCUGGACGGUCUACAGCGGCGCCGACAUAAGUCCCCGGCCCGGCAGCUGCUACAUGGGUCCCUCCUCUGACAAAGCCCUCACCUUCAUGAAGGACCAUUUCCUGAUGGAUGGGAAGGUGACACCCACCCAGGGGCAGCCGCUGCUGGUGAAAACGGACGUCACAUACACGCGCAUCGUGGUGGACGAGACUCGUGGCGUCUCGGGGGCCACCUACCGUGUCAUGUUCCUGGCCACAGCGGAGGGUUUCCUGCACAAAGCGGUGGAGCUGCCUGGGGGUCCCCACAUCGUGGAGAGCAUCCAGCUCUUCAAGACGCCAGAACCGGUGAAGAACCUACUGCUGGCUCCGGGGAAGGGCAUCCUCUUCGUGGGCUACUCCGGUGGCGUCCUCCAAGUCCCGUUGGCCAACUGCAGCCUGCACCGGAGCUGCGCCGAGUGCGUGCUGGCGCGGGACCCGUACUGCGCCUGGCACAGCCUGGAGGGCUCCUGCCAGCCCACCCGCACCGCCGUCGCUGCCGAGGACAUGAGCGCGUGGGUGCAGGAUGUCGAGGAGGGGAGCCCAGACACCAUGUGCCACCGUGGGAGGGCCAUGCCCCGAGCCUUGGGGACACAGGAGGACCCCGCCGCAGAGAGCAUCAGACCCCAGCUCAACGCCGUGGUCCACCUGCCGUGCCCCCACCGUUCCGCCCUGGCCACCUACAGCUGGCAGCAGCCCAACGGCCGUCGGGACCAGGGGGACACGGCGCUGCUGCCCGACCACACGCUGGUGGUCAUCAUGCGACGGGGGACUGUCGGCACCUACAAGUGCCUGGCCACCGAGAACGGCUACACGUGGACUGUGGCUCACUACCAGCUGCAGGACCCCGGCGGGGCGGCCCCCCAGCCGGACGGGGUGGCUGAGGAGGGGUUGUCCUCAGCCCCCAGCACACCCGGGUCUUACUGGCCCCAGUUUGUCACCGUCACCGUGCUGCUGGCCGUGACGCUGGCCGCUGCCGCCUGCCUGGCCCUCCUCGCCUACCACGACCAGCUCAAAGCCAGGAGCAAGGUGCGGGGGUGCAGCGCGCCCCAGAGCCCCCCAUCCCAGCGCCGGGAGAAGGUACCCCUCAACGGGGGGACGGGAGAGCCCCCGGCACCCGGAGUCCCCACCACGGAGGAGGAGGAGGAGGAGGAGGAAAGCUCCCGCGCUUGCUGCCUCCAGCUCGAUGGGGACAUCGAUGCUGAUAACAACAGGGUCCGCGUCCCAGCGGGGGACACGGCGUGACGCCGCCAGCGGGUCGGGGAGACUGUGGAGAAGCAGCGGGGUGUGAGGGGGAUACGAAUGUGAAGGGGUUUUUUCUUUUUUU